UGCCAGGCGAUCGCAACUAUUGUGAGUUUGUCUGUGUGUCUCGUAGGGGGGUUAGGAAACAGAGAGAGAGAGAUAGAAAGGGGUGGGAGACAGAGAGCAGCAGCCUCCACCAAUCCGGCUUCAAUUCAGAGGUGCACUUUAAACGUAUGAAAUCAUUUCUGUCCUCAGCGGCCCAGCCCUUUGGAUUCCCAUCAUCUUUCAACUUCCAGUCUUGUUUCUAAAGAGACGAGCCAAUUUGCCUCCGAGGGAACAUAACAGGAUCAGAAGUUUUGCAAAGAGGGUCCGUGAAGUAAGUGGCGGAGAAGCUUAUCAUGGCCGUGUCCCAGGAGAGGAGUGUGCGUCUGGGGCUGUGGGUGCUCCUCUGGCUGGGUGCAGGCAUGGUGGCAGAUGCAUGCAGCUGCAACCCAGCUCACCCACAGCAGCUCUUCUGCAGCGCAGAGACCGUGAUCAGGGCAAAGAUUGCUGGAGAGAAGAUUGUGUCGCCUAGCAACAGUUCCUCCCCCUACAUGAAGAUGAUCCAGUAUGAAAUAAAGAUGAUCAAGAUGUUUAAAGGCUUUGACAAGGCCAAGGACAUCCAGUAUGUUUACACUCCGGUCUUCUCCUCACUGUGUGGUGUUAAACUCGACUCCAACAACAAAGCAGGGUAUCUUCUCUCAGGAAGUAUGUGGAGUGACGGGAGGCUCUCCAUUGGCCAAUGUGACCUGGUGGAAUCCUGGGAUAAUUUAUCACUCUCACAAAGGAAGAAUCUCAACUACAGAUACCAGAUGGGCUGCGAGUGCAGAAUUAAUGUGUGUUACACGGUGCCGUGUGCAUCCACGGGAGAGAACGAAUGCUUGUGGACGGACUGGCUGCUGGAUAACAGCCUGAACGGCGAACAGGCUCGACAGUACGCUUGCAUUCGGCGUUCUGACACAACCUGUGGCUGGUACAGGGGAGGCCACGCUCCUGAGAAAGACUUCCUGGACAUGACUGACCCCUGACCUGCUCACUAUUUACCCCCUUAUGUAAUUUCUUUGGAUACCUCCAGUCAGAGGGAUAUCCUGCUUUGGCUUCGUGUGGCUCAAAUUUGGAUGCUUAUGCAUAACAUUAGCAGAUUUCAUUGAAAAUUGGGCUGAUUUCAUAUCUGGAUGAGCUCCUGGAUGCUAUGGCUUUUUGAUGUUUUAUUAUAUGGGCCUUUAUAUUGGCCUUUAACUCACAUAUACAACAAAUAUCAUAAACAAAAGUGGAAUUUCCUGUUGUAGGAAAAUUCGUUAUUAUAACUCGCUAGUGUCAUGCUUCUGUCAAUCUGCCAGAUGCUGCUGCAUGAGUGCUGACUAGAACAAGCAAAACAGUGGAUCCCCACAUUCAGCACAUUCACAAUUUGCGGGGCUGAAUGUGCGGAAAUUUGCGGAAUUUUGGUAAAAAAAAAAAAUCACAUCUAAAUGUCUUAAUUUUUAUUACAUUUGUAUUUUCAUUUGAAUAAAAAAAUGUUUUUUUUUUCCCCCAGAAAAUAGGCAAUUUUUCUGCACAAAAUACAUUUCCUUAAUAGUAAAUGGUAAAACCUACAGCAUACAUUUACCAUGUUUAUAAAUUUUAUUUUAUUUUAUUUUAAUAGGUUUAUGUCUUCACUUGCGGAAUUUUGGUAAAAAAAAAAUUACAUCUAAAUGUCUUAAUUUGUAUUACAUUUGUAGUUUCAUUUUAAUUAAAAAAAAUUUUUUUUCCCCAGAAAAUAGGCAAUUUUUCUGCACUAAAUAUAUAUCCUUAAUAGUAAAUGGUAAAACCUACAGCAUACAUUUACCGUUUAUAAAUUUCAUUUUAUUUUAUUUUAAUAGGUUUAUGUCUUCACUGAUAAUAUUGCUUUGUCAAACACUGAGAUUUCGCACUUUGUUCGGGGGUCCUUGAAUGAAUGCAAAAGUCAAUAUAACAUAUUCUUCGACUCCACCGGUUCAUGGAUCAUCUAACUAAUUAUCAUUCAUCAGUGGUGAGUACCACUACAUUUUAUACAUUAAAAUAGUUUCAUAAGCAUGUGAUGCAUAAUGAAGAGACAUGAGGAGGCAGAAUCUAAUCUAAUAAUCACAAAAGUCACUAUUAUUGCAAAUGUUGAUCCAAAAUCGGAGGAGAAGAUCAGUGUCAAGCUAGUAGGAGGGUUUGGGUAGAUAUUUUUUUUACAGAUUUUCGCCUGGUUUUGUAACAUAAUAACAAAUCUAUUUUAUACACUUCACUGCACUGGCUUCCUUUAAAAUUCAGAAAACUAUAAAAAUUUCUUCUGCUGUACAGUACAGUAAUUGGUUAGAGCUUGUGGCGCCUUAUCAACCCCGACUAGAGCGCUAAGUUCCUUGAACUUUGAAACCUUGCAGGAUAAAAACCGCUGCAGAAGCUUCACCUGCAAAAUUAUUUACCGCAGAUUGAAUCCUCCUGCUGUCAUUUGCAUGAGGCUAACACUGAACAAAUUCAUUCAAAAGACAGGAAAUCAUGCCCCCUUUUCACUGAAAUGACAGCAUGCUGCAAAUGCACACCUGCACCUGCACUACAUAUAUACAUAUAAAUAUACCACUAUGAUUAAAAUAUAUAUUCAAACACAGGAAUUAUAGAUGAUGAUAAUUCCCGACAUUGUAAAUACUGUUCAUUACUGAAGAUUAACAUUUUAAAAGCUAACCACAUUUAAUUUUAUAGCCUAGACUAGGGUACUUAUCUAAUUGGAUUGCUAUUUAAAUUCACUUCAAUGACAAAGUAAAAAAAAAACAUUCUCUGCACAAGAAGCUAAUAAAUAUAAAUUUGCUGACUUUUUUGUAUGAAAACAAAAAAGUGCAUUAUGACUUAAUAGCUAUGACGCAUUCAAAGAUGACCUGUAAUUGUUGCAUGAUUUUUUUUCUGAUACAGUACGUAUUGUAAAUUAACAAUAACAAAUAAUGAUUAUCAUUUAUGUAUGGUGUUAGUGAAGUAUUAUCAAACAGUGUAUGUUUUAUACUGAAUGAAUUGUUGUGGUAUUUGUAUUUAUGUCACUUUCUGUUUAAAUAUAGUUGUUGUUUUUUUUUGUAUUUCCAUGUACCAAAAAAGAUUGUAUAUAAAAUGUUGAAUGG